GACAGAGAAAAAAGAAGGAGAAAGAGAAAGAGGAGGAGGAGGAGAAGAAGAGGGAGCAGCCUUUGCUUUUUUUCGGGUCAUUUUGGGUCGGAAGGCGCCUCUUCUGCAAUCUUUCCGUCCUCCUUGUUUUCCCCUCCUUCCUUGCCCCCCUUUGCUGCUCGGUGAGAGGACCCUCAACCCUUUCUUUCUCUCUUUCUCCUUCCUUCUUUCUCUUUCUUUCUUCCUUCUUUCCUGUCUUUCCCCGUCUUAUGCAAGAAGUAGCGGCGGCGGGCGGGAGCGGGGCGGCUUUUCCUCCUCCUCCUCGUCGUCGUUUUCCUGGGCAUUUCCCUUCCCCGUCGUCGGGGCCGAGGGCGACCCCGGCCGGCCUCCCUUAGGACCGCGGUGGCGGUGGCGGCGGGGAUGAUGUCGAAGGUGCGCCUCUCGUCGGGGAGCCCCAGUCUGGAGCGGAUGGAAACCCGCCAGUCGUCGUCGUCGGCGGAGUCUUCCCCCCCGAAGCCCUCGGCCUGCUGCCGCAGCCUCUUCGGCCCCGUCGACCACCGGGAGCUGGCCCGGGAGCUGCGGAGGCACCGGCGGGAGCAAGAGGAGGCCAGCCGGGCCCGGUGGAACUUCGACUUCCAGCGCCACCGGCCCCUCCGAGGGAGAUACCAGUGGCAAGCCCUCGGCAGCCAGGCCCUGCCCGACUUCUACAGCCGGCCCCCCAGGCUCCGGCCAGGGACCCAGGGAGGCUCCGGACCCCCAGGAGGAGAGGAGGAGGAAGAGGACUCG